AUAAGAUCGCAAUCUAAGGCUCGUGGCAAACAAACAAAGCUUCAUUCAAGCAACCAUCACGCAGGCGGCGUCAGGACCUCAUUUUCUCCACAUUUUUUCCUGCAUGCUGUCGCCUUGAAAGCACGAUAGAUUUCGCAAAACAUCAAACAUCAUGUUUCCCUUUUCGGCCCUGGUUCUGGCGUCUAUCGUUCUUGACUUCAUUCUUCAUACGAAUGCUGCUUUGUCAGUUCGCAGCCUCUAUGUGAUUGAGCCCAACAGUGGUUCUUCCUGCCACGGCGGCCAGAAUUGCACGGUCGAGUGGCUCGACGAUGGUACCUGGCCACUGUUGUCGUCUUUUGGAGUUAGUACUGUCGGUCUGUAUACCGGGACUCAGCAACUUGUACAAACUCUCGACCCGGUAGAUACGUCUGCGACUCACUCUCUUACAUUCACGCCUAUCCCAGAGGCGGGCCCUAACUCGGAUACCUACUAUAUCUGUUUCACUUCCACCUCCGUCUUUGAUAACGGAACAGCCGUGAUGGCCUUCUCUCCGUUUUUUCAACUCGAUCAGAUGACAGGUUCCUUCACGACACCUUGGGAAUCAGCUACAGCAAGUAUUGCCAUCCCAACAUCUUUGACGCAAACAAGUGCAGAUUCGACCAGUGAACUGUCGACCAUCAUAGUUGGGACGCUGUCAACAUCUUUACCUCCUCUGACCUCUUUGUCUGCGACAUCCCCCGCCACUUCUUCCUCUUCGAUCACCACGUCGAGAAUGUCGACGUCUUCAGCACCACAAUCUACUUCGACGUCUGCAUCUGCAGCUGCUAGUACUCAAUCCGGAACUGCCAAUGGCGCACUUUCCCGCACCAAUGCAGUAUCCCCGCUGAUCAUGGGCGUCCUUUCGUUAUGCUACUUCAUUGUCUGUGUUUUGUAAUGUACAUUUUCCGAUACCCACUUUCUUGGUCCUUGUUUUCAGAUAUCUUUAUUACAUGCGAUACCAUUUCUUUCUCGCAUAUUCAACCGUUCAGUGUCCUGGUUUUGUAUAUAUAGUAAUAGUACAUGAUUUCUUGGUUUUACUUCUGCAUCCCAUUAGAAUAUGGACACGACGAUACGACCAAAGUACUCACCAAAUCAUAUGGACUAGAGCGUCUUGAUCUUUCUUCGAUAUCCUAACAAUGGCGCGAUGUAGUAUCCGAACAAUAUCAGGAACUCUUUCUCGAGCCAACGGAUACCUCCCGGAAGCGAAGGGAUUACGUCCCCGUGAUAACAGUUAUGCAUGAUGUCAAAAAAGUUAGUACUCAAAGCGCCGUCUGCCGCCAUGUUUCUGAAGAAGAGUUGUUUCAUCGAGUC